AUGUCGUCCUCACAGCCCAACGAGCCCCAGCCCAAGAGAGAGAUGAAGGUCCUGUGCCUGGGCCUCCCCCGGACUGGCUCGACCUCCAUCGCUGAGGCCCUCUCCAUCCUCGGCUACCAGAACGUCCACCACUGCAGCAAGGCCGCCAAGGACGACUGGCGCGUCCUCAACCGCGCGGCCGACGCCACCUUCGCCUGCCUGCCCGGCUACACGGGCGUGCCCUUCACCCGCGAGGAGUGGGACGAGCUGUACGGGCCCUGCGAGGCCACCACCGACGCCGCCUCCAUGUUCGGGCCACAGCUCAUCGCCGCGUACCCGGAGGCCAAGGUCCUGCUCGUCGAGCGCAACUACGAGCGCUGGCACCGCAGCGUCUUCGGCAGCCUGUUCCCCCUGGUGUGGAACCCCGUCGUCAACUUCUCCGUCGGCUACCUCGAGCCGCUCAUCGGGUCCGACGCCGGCAAGGCGUCCCGCAAGAUGAUCCUCGGGCUCUUUGGCGCGCGGACGCCGGACGAGGCCCGCCGCAACGCCCGGGAGACGUACCUCGCCCACCCGAGGCGGAUCCGCGAGCUCGUCCCGCCGGGGCAGCUGCUGGAGUACCGGCUGGGCGACGGGUGGGGCCCGCUCUGCGAGUUCCUGGGCAAGGAGGUGCCGGACGUCGAGUUCCCCUGGCUGAACGAGGCGGACAUGCUGAAGAGGAUAGCGUGGGACAUUGUGCGGCAGAACUUCUACCAGGCGGCGUGGAAGCUGCUGCCAUGGGUUGUCGGGGUUGGUGCGGUGGGUGGAGGCCUGUGGACACUGAUACAGAGGAAGUGA